UUGUGUUCAGUGUGGCCGUGACACUUACGGAAGGAGCCGUUGUUUUACUUCCUCCCUGUCACCGGGAGAUAACGAAAAUGAAAACCAAUCUGGUGACCGUGCUCCUCAUGGCAUCAUGUGUUGUUGCCCUCGAUCUGAACCCUCUCAACCUGGCAGGAGACCUCACAGGAGACCUCGCAGCAAACGCGGUUGAUCUCUUAGAUGCUGUCAAGUGCUUACAAACCCCAAGGACGUACUACGGCUAUUACAGAUCUCACCUGGAUGACCCUGUGCUAGUAGAAGAUAUGUGCUUUAUGGCGAAACAGCUGGGUCCCCCAGAAAAUGGAACUGUUGCGUUUGGCGGAGGAUAUUUGAGGAACGGCAACGUCGUAAAGAGACCAAGGGUUGUUACAGAGCUGUGUUCUAUACCAGGGACCAAUAUUAUCAACUGCCUCCGAAUGCCAAUUGAAGACAGUCCAGAUAGCGAGUUUGAGCAAUUAAACUUCUUGUACUUCGUGUGUGGAAACUGUGUGGUCAUAGGGACUCCUCAAAUUGCGGAUAAUGCUUGCGUUUUGAGAGUGACGGAUCCAAAUAAUGUUGACCCAUCCUGCGAGCUCGCUUAUGACAGUCUUUGUGGGACGGAGAAGUUUUCUAUCUACGAUGAAGACAUAUGUCGUGAUGUGUACCUGGAACUCCAGGAGUAAAUAUGACGACUAACAUUGGCAACGUGCCGGAGCACGUCAACACGUUCACUGUAGGUGUUCAGUAUUAAAUGUGCCAAUAAAAGGUGUCUCAUUCUGA